AUGACUUCAAAUGCAGCCGCAACCGUCGCCGCCACGGUCCCCACAGUCCCGGUGGACAACGACGACACUACAGCGCUUGCUGGGGGCCAUACUAGGGCCGACGCUGAACUUGAGCAAACAGCGCCCACUAACGCAGGUGAAAGCCCCUCAAAAGAGGCAGCAGUCGGUGAAGGUGACAAGGGAGGAGUUGGCAAGGAGAUACAGCCAGCUGCAUCAUCGAAGUCCGUCAGAUUCUUUGCCAUCAUCGUGGCUCUCGCCUUGUCAGGUUUGUUGACGUCGUUGGAGGCAACAAUCACAUCUACCGCUCUACCAACAAUCACCGCGGACCUUGGUGGUGCUGAUCUCUAUAUAUGGGUUGUCAAUGGAUUCUAUUUGACUCAGACUGCGUUUCAACCGUUAUUUGGGCAAGUCGCUAAUAUUUAUGGUCGCCGAUGGCCGAUGAUCACCAGUACAGCAACGUUUACCCUAGGAAGUGGUCUCUGUGGUGGUGCGAGGAACAUCAAUAUGUUGAUCGCCGGACGACUAAUCCAAGGCAUUGGCGCUGGUGGGAUCAACGUCCUCAUCGAGAUCAUUAUAUGCGAUCUACUCCCACUCAGAGAACGAGGAAGAUACUUGGGUAUCAUGUUUGGCCUCAUAGCUCUCGGGACCUCACUGGGCCCUCUCUUCGGUGGACUAAUUGUUCAACACACAUCGUGGCGCUGGGUGUUUUAUCUGAAUGUUCCUAUCGGUGGAGCAGCAUUGGUUACUUUGUUCGCAUUCCUCAGGGUCAAAUCAGACGACACAUCAAAUUACAUGAUGCAACUGAAACGCAUCGACUGGCUCGGAAACGUCAUCUUUGUUCUCUCGAUGGUCUCUAUUCUCAUAGCUUUGUCGUGGUCGGGGAGCCAAUACCCAUGGUCCUCGUUUCGUGUCAUCGUUCCACUCGUUAUGGGCUUUGCAGGUUUUGGCCUCUUCGUAUUCUACGAGGCCUCCAAAUAUUGUGUUAACCCGACAAUGCCACUUCACCUCUUCUCCAAUCGAACGUCAGGAACAGCCUUUGGCUUGACAUUCCUCCACAGUCUUUCCGCAAUCUCGGUCAUGUACUUUCUCCCUGUCUAUUUUCAAGCGGUACUUGGCGUUACACCCAGCCGUGCAGGCGUCGAACUCCUGCCGACAAUACUCUUCAUGAUACCCGCUGCCAUUACCGCCGGCGGCUUGCUAUCAAAACUCGGCCGCUAUCGCCCUAUUCAGCACGUGGGAUUCGCUCUGAUGGUAAUUGGAUUUGGGCUCUUGACAUUGCUGAAAGCCCAGGCCACAACAGCACAAUGGGUUGGCUACCAACUCGCUAGCGCUGCAGGUACGGGACUCGCACUCCCGGUACUUCUCCCAGCUGUCCAAGCAUCUCUCACCGAAGAGGAUACUGCGCUCUCCACUUCCACGUGGGCCUUCAUCAGAAGCUUUGGCCUUAUCUGGGGUGCCACUAUCCCAACAGCUGCUUUCAACAAUCGCUUUAACACACUUCUGUACCGGAUUACCAAUCCUGUCAUUGCGGAAGAACUUGCAGACGGGAAGGCGUAUGAACGUGCUACAAAAAGCUUUAUGGAUACCAUCACGGAUCCAGUCACACAUGCACAGGUUGUAUCGGUAUAUGUCGAUUCGAUCAAGACUGUGUGGUAUGUUUCUAUGGCUUUUGCGGCGCUGGCUUUUCUGCUGGUAAUUGUUCAAAAAGAAGUCCCGCUCCGGAAAGAUCUUGACACUAAAUUUAGCAUGGAGGAGAAAGCCAAGUCAACGAAGACAGACCCUGCCACCUAA